AUGCCAACUCUUCCUUGCCUUUCGGGAUCAACGACACCUGAAGGAUGUCUUGCUUGGAACGAAGUGUCGUUAGACUUACCAGAUGUAUGCAAUACCAAUGAAGUCAACCGGAAACCUCUGGUAGUAUUCCUAGAAGGUACACAACCGACAGAUCACGACCGCACUGUCCUAAGUCAAACAUUCAACAUCCCCAUUGCUUUCUGGAGCAGGCUUUGUCAAGAUGCAAGCAGUUUCUUCUGGGCCGGCGACGAUGACACAGGCUCCUACACCACAGCAUUCCGCUUCCUGAUCAAGCAUAACUCCAAUAUUGCCGCUCGACGGGAUAUGUUACCAGCUUAUCGAUGGCAGAAGCUAGGCUUUGUCACAUUCCACACCUCUCGCCAAUCGUCUGUAGUGCUCUGCUUUGAUCUAGCAGGAGACGCCCGAGCUCACGUGAGAGAGAAGCUCGUCGAAAGCAAGAUCACGACCUCGGACCUGCAUUCUUUCUCGAUCCAUACUGCGAUCUUGGGCUACGUAGUCGAGCAACUCGACCAAGCAGUCUGGUCAUGGAGAGAUGCCGUUCGGGCCAUUGAGAAGGCCCGCAGUAACGGCCAGCACUCUGCCUUCGGCGACUUUAAUCACAUGCACGAAGUCGCACGGCAUCUGAUUCAUAACUCUGAGAUGCUAACCAACGCUCUUUCGGUAGUCGACAGCCGUCGAAGAGUGUGA